ACGAUGUUCUGGUGCCUCCGGCUGUAGUGUCAACAUGGCGGCCUUGAAGAAGGUGGUUUCCAGCUUACGGCCCGUAGACCGGUUGGCCUCCUGCAGGUUUUCCAGAUCCUCCUCCAGCUCAGAGUCCCGCGGGGCCUCCAGCGGAGACCAGGCCGACGCGGACAGACCCAGAACCGGCUUCGCCGCGGCUUUCGGCCUGCAGUCGGAGCUCCGGCGGGGGGCGGAGAGAUCUGCGGCCGGUGACCAGGAGCAGAACUUUGCCUCGCUGCUCCGCGGGUCCCCGCUGAUCCAGAUGGGACCGGCCAAAGACAAGCUGGUGGUCGGGAAGAUCGUGCACGUGGUCCGGGACGACCUGUACAUCGACUUCGGGGGGAAGUUCCACUGCGUGUGUCGGCGACCGGCCGACGGGGAGAAGCUGCAGCGGGGCACCAGGGUCCGUCUGAGGCUGCAGGACCUGGAGCUCACCUCCCGCUUCCUGGGAGCCAACACCGACACCACGCUGCUGGAGGCCCAAGCCGUCCUGCUGGGCCCGCUGGAAGGGAGGGAGGCCCGGGAGAACCAGAACCAGGACUGAGCGGGGCUGUCAGACCCGUUCUCCAAAGCAAGUCUGGUGUUCAGCUUCCCAAAUGUCAAUUUUGGAAUCAUGUAAACUGAUUAUUAUAUAUAAUUUAUAUUCUAAUAAAUAUUCUUUGUAUUAAACUGUGUC